AUGCAGGGACUGGGGAAGACAGAGCGAGGGGAGCAGGGCCGAGACAUCGACCUGACAUCGCUGAGAUCCACCAUGCCAGCCAGCGGCCCUCUGCAGGGAGGUUCAGCCUCUAAUCUGAACAUGAACCUGUACGCCACCAAGAAGACGGCAGCUGAGGGCAUGUUGGACAUCGCUCUGUUCCUGGCUAACAUCACACACAUGAAGACUGUCAUUGAACAGGGAGCUGGAUACAGGUACUACGUCGCUGUUCUGACGCUCAUUUCCUUCUCCCUGGCUCUUCAGAUAGUGGCUGGAAUCCUGAUCAUCAUCAUCGCCCGCAGGGACCUGAACGUGGUGUCCAAUCAGAAACGACUCGACUACCUGAACAACCUCGCCACAGGCGUCAUCUUCGUCACCACGGUGAUUAACUUCUUCAUCAGCUUCUUCGGAUCCAAGAGGACUGGCUUCUUCCGCUGGCUGCUGGCUCGACUCCACUUCUGACGCACACUUACUCAAAACCCAUAUUUACUCACAUAUCAAACACAUUUACACACACACAUGCAGACACACACCGACACACUCUUUCCACAAGUAUUUCAUCUGUGCACUUGUAGAUUCAAUGUUAAAAAUUUGUUUGUGCACUUGUCAUUUGAACAAAGCUGAGACACAAGUCACAUAUGUUCAAACAUCACAUCUUUUAUUAUUCAGGUGUUGUUUAAAUGCUGAUUUCAGGCUGUAAUUCAACUAAAAUAUCUUCACUUUAACCCACUGAACAUCUAUUCUAUAUGUAUUAUCUUAUUUGCUGCAAUAAUAUGCUUGAAUUUUCAUUUCUAAAAUUGUGCAUGUGCUCCGCUCCAUUGUGUAUGUUUCAAACUUGUGUUUCUACUUUGUUGGGUGGUCGGUAAUGGAAACAUUGAGAAAACUUGAUGUAAACAUUAAUGCCUCAUAUUAUUUAUUCUCAAAACUUGUUUCACAAAGAAUGAUUUUUAAGAUUCAAUCUCAGACACAAACCAGGGUAACAGAAAUAAGAGACAUACGUACACAUUGUCCGUCAGAAAGCUGAAUAAA